AGUAUUAUUUUUAUUGUGCUAAUCAUGUUUCUUAUCACACUUAUAAUUAGUGCGACGUUCGCUAAAAUGAAGACUGCGGAAAACCGGAAAGAGAAUGGAAUAAGUUUCGUUCAAUCUGCAUUAUUUCUACAAAUUCUUUUAGUAGCUCUCUCCACAGAUUCGAAAAAUCGAAAAGAAAUUGAAGACUGUUUAAAACUCAAAAUACCUGAAGAGGAAAAAAAUGAUAUAAUCAAACGCACAUUAUCAUUAUUCCCACGUUCUGAUAAUGCUUUAAAGUUUCACUGGUCUUAUCGUCUGGCUCUCCGUCCUGGAUUCGUGCUCAAUGAUGAAUUUCGUACUGGUGCAGCAGCAGCACUGCAUUUACAUGAGCAUAGAUUUAAUGGCACAGAAACACCAGAGGAUAUUGCAAAUAUCCUAAAUAAUAUGGUGGAAAUUGACUCGGGAGGGGCCAUACACAACACAUUUACUAAAGACGAUAUCACAGAAGAAAGUAAUGCGAUAUUUUUAACAACUGUUUACAUUCGCGGUCGAUGGCGUUCCGCCCCUACCGUUCUUAACGGUACUUUGCCGUUUAUGGAUGUUGAAAACACCCCCCAACGAAACGUUCGGUGCAUCAGGAUAAAUGAUAAUAUGCGUUAUGCUGAUCUAAGCGAAUGGGACGCAGAGGCUAUUGAAAUAUUCUAUGCUACUCAAGGUCUCAGUUUAUUUAUUAUCGUACCACGAGGAAGGUCCCUGCGCCUUCUUGCCGAUCGUGUAGCAAUGACCAGCAUUCAUUUGAUUUCGGAACGGAUGCAAACAAUGCGUAUUGCAGCAACAUUACCUUUGUACACGCUUCGCAUGACUUUACUCUUACCAGACAAGUUGCGGGCGUUGGGGAUGCCUCGACUCGCGCAAGUAAAUACUGCUGAAAGUGAUUUAACGUUGUCCCACGGUGUACAGCGACUUAUGUUCUGGGCGGAAGCUGGUCGCAACGCCUACAAAGACGAUGGUAAUACGUAUUCAAUGUUUUCGUAAAAAUAAUGAUUCGCCAUUUUACUAUUAUAAUUCUGUCUCGACUGACAAUCAGACGUUUGAGUAUCGAAUAUGUUUACGAAGAUGCUUUAAUUAGGGUUCGGGAAAAAAGGCGGAACCGGAAAAAAACCCUAAGAGAUUGUCGGUCUUUAGAAGGUACCAUAGGCCAUGGACACUGUAUGGAGAACGCAGUUGCUCUCCUUGAAAGAGGUUGAUGUAUUAUUUAUACUAUCAUAGCCCUGAAGUUGGAGUCCAUGAUUUUAAAGGUAUAGCGAGUUUCCCGUGCGGAACCCUAACCCUGUUAUGAGUUCUUAAGUACUUAUAUACUUAGUCUGGCCAUAAAUACUGUUACAAUUAAAAAUAAACAAAAUAUUACAUUUGAAUUUGGAAUCUGUCAUUUUUAUAUGAUUGCUCAUUGAGUUUUCUCAUUUUGGCGCCAAUACAAUGUACAAUAUGCGAUAUUAAAAUGGAGUGGGGUGAUAAAGAGAACCGAAUCGCUGUGAUUGCAUUACACAAAGUAGGUAUGGGACCAAAUGCAAUUUUUAAAACUCUCAAUACGCUUGGUAUUAGUAAAAUGUUUGUGUAUCGAGCUAUUGAUAGGUGCAAUGAGACCUAUAGUUUGUGAUAGAAAAAGAUCUGGCCCUCCACGUAGUGUUCGUACGAUAAAGGUGGUCAAAGCAGUAAGGGAAAGAAUUCGAAGAAAUCCUGUCCGAAAGCAAAAGAUUUUAUCUCGGGAGAUGAAGAUAGCACCUAGAACCAGGUCGCGUAUUUUAAAAGAUGACUUAGGACUUGCAGCCUAUAAGAGACGUACUGGUCAUUUCUUAACUGAUAAUUUAAAAGAGAAUAGGGUGGUAAAAUCGAAACAACUAAUGAAGCGGUACGCAAAGGGAGGUCAUAGAAAAAUUUUGUUUACGGAUAAGAAAUUUGUUACAAUUGAGCUACAUUUUAACAAACAAAAUGACCGUAUUUAUGCUUAAAGCUCUAAGGAAGCUUCCCAAUUAAUCGACAGAGUGCAACGUGGGCACUAUCCGACUUCAGUGAUGGUUUGGUCGGGUAUUAGCUGUGAAGGAGUGACUGGGCCAUACUUUUGUGAAAAAGGUAUCAAAACAUCGGCCCAAGUGUAUCAAGAUACCAUUCUUGAGAAGGUAAUGAAGCCCCUUAACAACACCAUGUUCAAUAAUCAAGAAUGGUCCUUCCAGCAAGACUCGGCGCCAGGUCAUAAAGCUCGGUCUACGCAGUCUUGGUUGGAAACGAACGUUUCGGACUUCAUCAGAGCUGAAGACUGGCCGUCGUCUAGUCCCGAUUUUAAUCCGCUAGAUUAUGAUUUAUGGUGUGUUAGAGAGUACGGCUUGCUCUAAACGCCAUGAUAAUUUGGAGUCCCUAAAACAAUCCGUACGAUUGGCAGUGAACAAUUUUCCCAUGGAAAGAGUGCGUGCUUCUAUUGAUAACUGGCCUCUACGUUUAAAGGACUGUAUUGCAGCCAAUGGAGACCACUUCGAAUAAGCUUUUUACACUUUAAAUUGUUUUAUAUUUAUGUAUUAAACUAACACACUGUAAAAGUAAUAAAUGUUAUUUACAAUA